AUGACGUCUUCGGUGGGCGAUCACCGCCCCUUCUGGAGAGAUGAUGAAGUGGUGGUGGAUAAAGAUGGUAUCCCCCACUAUAGUGGGGCAGUCCCUGGCCUGAUGACGGAAUACCGCCGUCGAGUUCUCUUCGCCUACAACAACUUGGAAGGCGAUGGUGACACCCCGGAGAAGGAGAAGAAAGAUCUUGAGAAGCGCCAAUCUCGCUUCGCAAAGAAGCUCCUAGAUAGCCUUCAUGGAGAAGCGUGGAAGGCAUGCCAAAGCCUUCUUGGUGAGAACGACAAGCUCCGGGAGAAGGACGGCUACAAGCAUGUGUUUCGUGCCCGGCAAUCCAUCGAGAAGGCAGCUGUGCUCCGGAAGACCGAAGCCUUCGAGCAGUUCUUUGAAAAGUGUCAGCGACACAAAGGCCAAAGCAUCGACUCCUGGCUUCGCAAGCGCACUCAGGAAUGGAACGACCUCAUCGACCUCACGGAGAACACCAUGAUGAGCGAAGACCUGAGAGCCUUCUUUCUGUUGAAGCAUGCCUCGCUGAGCCGAGAAGAUCGGAGGCAAGUGUUGUUGGCCAACCAGUCCGACUACACCCUUGAAGGCAUCGAGAAGUCGCUUCGCAUUUCGUUCCAUGACAUCCACGAGCGAGAGGGCCGACGUGAGUGGCCAAAGAAGGCUGGAUACCAGUACCAGCCCAAGUACAAGAAACACUAUGCCAACCUUGUGGAUGAGUCUGAGGUUCCUGAGAAUGUCGAGAAUUUUGACGAGAUCUAUGAUCCUGAAGAGCUCUUUGACCCUGAAGAGAGCUAUGCUGUGGAGGAAGAGGAGGAUCCACCCUCCGACCUUGGAGCCAGCGAUGACGAUGAAGUCCAUGAGGCCUACGCCUCGUAUCAAGCCAGUCGCAACAAGUUGAAGGAACUUCAACGAAAUCGUGGCUUCUUCCGCGGCGACUUCAAGGGCGAGAUCAGUUUGGAGGAGCGCAAGGCAGCUGUUCAGAGGGAGAAGCAGAGGACCAGAUGCGCUGCCUGCGGCCGAGUUGGCCAUUGGGCUGGAGAUGCAGCUUGCAGCAAGUCACACAAGAGUGGCCCCAAGAAGAUGGACGGCAAGCGAUCUGGUGGAGGCAAAGGGAAAGGCAAGAGCAAAGGCAAGACCGGUGGCAAAGCUUUCUACGUUGAAGAAGGCCCUCGUUACUUCAGCCUUGGAAGUGAGAUGGACGAGGAAGAUGCCUUUUGCCACAUGGUUCAUGACGAUGAGACCACCGAUGAGAUGCACGAUGCCGACCUGGAUGCACGUCGAAAGAAGGCCCGGGCUCCACCUUCGGAGUCUGAUUGGGAAGCUGUUGAGCCAGUGGAGUUUGAUAGCACCUCCUACGCUUCUAUGACGGCCAUUCCCGAGCCCUAUGUGUCUGAGGCCGAUGAUGUCCCUGUCAAGAUCGAGAUGACUGUGCCCUCAGACAAGAUCAAGGUUCUUUUAGUCCCAAGCUUCGAGGAGGUCACGCCGAAGAAGCUCCAUGAGUUGAAGGCCUACCAGCUUCAGGCCGAAUGUGAAUCCUGGGGCAUCCUCACCAGCGGCAACAAGAGUGACAUGAAGGCGCGCUUGAUGCGCUUCUUUGCUGGUGAGCCAAUCCAGAAGAAGGGAUGCACCAAACAGUUCGUGCAGCUUCGACUUGAUCGACCAUCAUCCACAACCUCCCCGAGGAAAGUUGCGAGCUCAAGUUCUGAUGGACAAAUGCCAGUGGUCAAGCCCAAGACAAAGUUGGCACCAAAGCCCAUGCCUGAGAAGCUUCGCCGCUCCAAGGACUUUGCCUAUGCUGUGAAGGAAGACCCGAAUGACUACCAGCUUGAGAACGACCAGAUUCCUGCAGCUUCCUUCGGCAAGUCCGGCUAUCAAGAUCCAAGCCAUGGAUUUCGGAGGGACGAGGCAGAGCAGAGGGCAGCCCGUUUUCGUGAAGAGUUCGUCAUGUGCAGCCGGACGGGCAUCGCUGUUCCAGUCGAUCGUGUGGGCAAGGCAGAUCCGAAUGUCCCUUGUCCUACUUGUGGCAACCAUAUGGCAAUUCGUCGCAACCGAGAUGAUGGAGGUCUCUUCUUCGGCUGCUCGCGCUAUAGCCAGCCUACUGGCUGCCGAGGCACGCGGAAGCUUAUUGAGGUGGACGCCGACUACUACAAUUGGAGCAGGGCCCAUGAUGAUGAGGCCAAGUACUGCCGCCCCUUCAAGGGCGGAGGCGUCUAG